AUGGAUUCUGAGGAUAAGAAGAAGCAUAGGCCUCGUCAAUCAGGCUCAAAAGUAACAAAAAAAAAAGCUAAAAAACAAGAAAAAUCAAGUCAACAAAAUAAUGCUAAAGCAUUUAUUUCAAGAUCAUGGAGGAAAUCAAAUGUUCUAGAGAGAAGAAGUGCAGAUGUUAUUCAAAAAAAACUUCAUAUUCCUAUGGUGGAUCGUACGCCAGAUGCUUUACCACCUAUUAUUGUUGCAGUUGUUGGUCCUCCAGGAACAGGAAAAACUACGUUAAUUAAAUCUUUGGUUAGGAAAUUUUCAAAACAUACACUUAAUGAAAUUAAUGGUCCUAUUACAUGUGUUUCUGGAAAAAAGCGUCGACUAACAUUUAUUGAAUGUCCUAAUGAUCUUAAUAGUAUGAUUGAUAUAGCAAAAGUUUCAGACCUAAUUCUUUUGCUUAUUGAUGGGAAUUUUGGGUUUGAGAUGGAAACUAUGGAAUUUUUAAAUAUUUUAAUACCUCAUGGAUUUCCCAAAAUCAUGGGUAUUCUUACUCAUCUCGAUCUUUUUAAAAAGCCAGAAGCCCUUAGAACGGCGAAAAAGCGUCUUAAACGUAGAUUUUGGACGGAAAUAUAUCAGGGUGCUAAACUUUUUUAUCUUUCUGGUGUAAUUAAUGGUCGUUAUCCAGAUAGAGAAAUUUUAAAUUUAGCAAGAUUUAUAUCAGUUAUUAAAUUUCGUCCUUUAAUUUGGAAAAAUUCACAUCCUUAUCUUCUUGUGGAUAGGAUGGAAGAUAUAACAGACCCUCAAAAAAUUCAUGAAAAACCAUUUUGUGAUCGAGUUGUAGUUCUUUAUGGAUAUUUAAAAGGAACUAGCUUUCCUGCUACAAAUGGCCGUAUACAUAUACCAGGAGUAGGUGAUCUUUCUGUAUCUGAAGUUAGUUCUCUUCCGGAUCCUUGUCCACUUGUAGAAAAAACUCGUACUCUUGGAGAAAAACAGAAAUUAAUUUAUGCGCCUAUGUCUGAUGUUGGUGGUGUUAUGUUUGAUAAAGACGCUGUUUAUAUUGAUAUUCCGACUAAUGAUUUUUCAAAAAAAGAUAUAGAAGAAUGUGGUAUUGGCGAGAAAAUGAUUAUAGAAUUACAAAAAUCAAAUCAUGAUCUUGGAGAAGAUUUUUCAAAAAAUGAUCUUCAAAUUUUUCAUAAUGGAAAAAGAAUAAAAUAUGAUUCUAGUGACAACAAUACAGGAAGAAAGCAGAUGAGAAGCCCUAACAUCAUAAAUGAUGAUUAUGAUUCUAAAAAUUUUGAAGAUAAUGAUAUGAAAGAUAUGGAUGAAUUUGAUUCUGAAGAAUAUAAAGGACCUGAUGAUAACUUAGAAUCUAAUGCAGAUUCUGAUUCUAGUGAUUCUUCGGAAGUAAAAGAUGAAAUGUUGCAAAAUAUGGACUUUGAAUUAAAUGAUGUUGAAUUCAAUGAAGAUAAUGCAUCGAGAAAAACCAAUGGUAAUAGUUUGUCGGAUUCUUCAGGCUUAAAAAGUUCAACAGAAAAUUCGGAUAAUGAAUAUUUUGGAAUAUCUUCAACAUGGAAAGAAAAUAUAGAAAGAAUAUCAGAGAACAUGUUUAAUUUAGGAAAAAAAACCCCUGAUUUAGGAGAUCUAAUCUACAUUAAAAUGGAAUAUACUCCAAAACAAGUGGUAGACAUCUGGGAAGGAGUAGCUCUACCAAAUAGUAAUGGAGAAGAUCCAGUUCUUAAGAAUGUGAAAUUGAUAGAUAAUUCUGAUGAUUUAUUAAGAGUCAUAAGAUUUGAUAAAGAUGAAAAUCAGGAUUUUUUUGAAAGGUCUAAACCUCCAAUUAAUAUAUCUGCACUUAAAUUUUGGGAAAAAGAGGAAAAUUUAGAAGCUUUAAAAACACGUUUUAUUACAGGAAGUCUUUUGAAUAAUAACAUUAGUGAUUUGCAGCCCGAUAUUGAUGAAGAUCUUUAUGGGGAUUUUACAGAUUUGGAAAACGACCAAGAAAAUAAAAAUGAGUUAGUCUUUUCUGAUAAUAAAAUGAAUGAAGAUCUUCAAAAAGAAAGAGAAAUUAAUUUAAAAAAAAAGGAACUCGCCAUUCGUUUUAAAGAAGAAGAUAAUACAAAGGAUAGUGAUUCUGACGAAAAAUUGGAUUGGUAUCAACAGCAAAAGCUAAAAAUUUCAAAACAGCUUGAAAUUAACCGACAAGAAUAUCAAGGAUUGGAAUUAUCAGAUAGAGUAAGAAUUGAAGGUUAUAGAGCAGGUUUAUACAUAAGAUUGCUUGUGUCUAAUAUGCCAUGUGAAUUUGUCAAAAAUUUUGAUCCAAAAUUUCCUAUCGUUGUUGGUGGAUUAUUGUCCAGUGAAGAGCAAUUUGGGUUUUUGAAAGUUCGAAUUAAAAAACAUCGUUGGCAUAAGAAAAUUUUAAAAACAAAUGAUCCUUUAGUAUUUAGUAUAGGAUGGAGAAGAUUUCAAUCUUUACCAAUAUAUUAUACCUCUGAUUCAAGAGUAAGGAAUCGAAUGUUAAAAUAUACCCCAGAGCAUAUGCAUUGUUUUGCUGCAUUUUAUGGUCCACUGACAAAUCCAAACACAGGAUUUGUUGCUGUGCAAUCAGUUAGUGCUGAUUCUAUAAAAUCAGGUAUUUUUAGAAUUGCUGCUACAGGUGUCAUACUUGAUAAUGAUCAAAGUACUGAAAUUGUAAAAAAACUCAAGCUUGUUGGAGUUCCUUAUAAAAUUUACAAAAAUACAGCGUUUAUAAAAGAUAUGUUUAAUUCAUCUCUUGAAGUUGCAAAAUUCGAAGGUGCUAGUAUACGAACUGUAUCUGGAAUUCGUGGACAAAUCAAAAAAGCAUUAACUAAACCUGAAGGUUAUUGUAGAUGCGCGUUUGAGGAUAAAAUACUUAUGAGUGAUAUUGUUUUUUUAAGAGCAUGGUAUCCUAUUAAACCCAAAAAAUAUUAUAAUCCAGUCACAUCAUUAUUAAUGGAAGAUAAAUCUUCAUGGAAAGGGAUGAGACUUAUUGGAGAAAUCAGAAAAGAUUUAAAUAUUAAAACUCCUUUGCCUAUUAAUUCUCAAUAUCGUAAAAUAGAACGGCCUGCUAGACAUUUCAAUCCUUUACGUGUUCCAAAGGCAUUAGCUGCAUCUCUUCCUUAUGCAUCAAAACAACGUAAUAUGAAACCACAACGGAAAAAGACAUAUCUUCAAAAAAGGGCUGUUAUUUUAAAUCCAGAAGAAAGAAAAAUAAGAGAUCUUAUGCAUAAAUUAUUGACACUUCGUAAUGAAAAAAUAAAGAAAAGAAAAGAAAAACAAGAAGAACGGCGUGAAUCUUUCAAGAAAAAAAUGGCUAAAGAAGAUCUUAUUAAAAAAGAAAAAGAGAAGGCACGUGGAAAAUUAAUAUUUAAAAAAGAAGAGAUAAAACGACUUAAAACUGAAAAAAAGGGAUUUAAUUUCAAAAAAAAAAAAGAUAUGUCUAAUGAUAUGUUGUCAUAA